GCAAGGAAGGAAGGAAGGAAGGAAGGAAGGAAGGAAGGAAGGAAGGAAAGGAGGAGAAGCAAAGUGACCGAAGGGAGAUGAGGCAGAUCUGGAGGCUGGGAUCCCGAGUCUGCUUCCCUCCGUGGCGAUCUGGAGAUCUGGCUUCCCCGCUUGUUCCCUCCUAGCAGACGCAAGCCAUGGCGCCAGAAGGGAUCGCCCCGAAGGGCUGCGGCGAUCCGCCCGGGAUGGAGUGGCUCUCGCGACUCCCCUGCUAAGCCCUGGGGCGCGUCGUCGGGUUGGGUGGAAGGCGCGAGGAGGACGACGAGAGCGGCCAGCGGAAGGUCUCCCUUUCGAGGCGGGGAUCCGAAGCCUUCGCCGACGGGAGGCGGCGGCUGCCCGUCGGUGUUCUCCCCGCCCUGGCUGAUGUGGACUUUAGGAGCCCGCAAGGCGCCCGGAGCGACUGGCGAGCCGUCCGAGUUGUAUGGCUGGCGGAAGGCGAGGGGCUGGGAGAGGAGCGCCUAGCGUCGCAGGAGGAGGAGGAGGCGGCGGCUGAGGUGCCAAGCCAGCGGGGGAGAAGGGGGCUUCUCCUUGCGCGCAGGGCACCGGGCUCUUCUCCCGUGAUGUGGAGACUGAGCGUGUGGUGGCUCCUGAGCAGGGUGUGCCUUUUGCUGCUGCCGCCCUGCGCCCUGGUGCUGGCCAGGGUGCCCGUUUCCUCCUGCCACCCGCAGCCCUGCCAAAUCCUCAAGCGGAUCGGGCACACGGUGAGGAUCGGCGCGGCGCACCUGCAGCCCUGGGCUGCCACUUCCCCCGCCGGCGCUGACGCCUGGGGACCAGGACCGCACCAUGGCAUUGCGCUCGGAAGAGAAGGAGGGCGAGAGGCGGCAGCCGGACCCCAAGCCGAGCCGCAGGCGCCUAGGGCGGCCGAGUGGAAGGGGUCCGGAGGGUCUCCAGGGAGGUGGCGAGCGGGAACCGGCUUGAGGAGCAGGGCACACUUGGGCAACGGGAGUGGCGACGAGGGUCUCCCUCCGCUGCUGCCCCGGGAGGCGCUGCUGUCGGCGGUGGAGACCCUCAACCGUGUCAAGGGGCUUCUGCCUUACAACCUGUCCCUGGAGGUCGUGAUGGCCAUCGAAGCGGGGCUGGGCGAUCUACCUCUCUUCCCCUUCUCCUCGCCCAGCGCCUCGUGGAGCAACGACCCGGUCUCCUUCCUGCAGAGCAUCUGCCACACCGUCGUGGUGCAAGGGGUCUCGGCCAUCCUCGCCUUCCCGCAGAGCAGAAGCGAGAUGCUGGAGAUGGACUUCGUCGCCACCGCGCUGCACAUCCCCGUGAUCAGCAUCGUGCUCAACGAGUUCCCUAGAAAGAGCCUGAAUCCCCUUCACCUGCAGCUGAGCUUAGAACGCUCAUUAAGUUUUGACGCUGAUGUCACUUUCUCCAUCUUGGCCUUGAACAACUGGUAUAACUUUAGCUUGAUGGUGUGCCAGGAAGAGUGGAACAUCACAGAUUUUCUCUUCCUCACACAGCAGAGCUCCAAGUUUCAUUUGGGAUCCAUUAUAAAUAUCACAGGGAACCUCACGUCAACCAGCAACCUCUUGACUUACUUGCAAGUUCAUCUGGAGAACAUUAAGGACACAACGUCAACGGUGGUGAUGUUUGGCUGCGACAUGGAAAGCACAAGGAGGAUUUUUGAAAUUACCACCCAAUUUGGGGUGAUGCCUCCUGAUCUCCACUGGAUUCUUGGAGAUUCGCACAACGUGGAAGAGCUGAGGACAGAAGGCUUGCCGUUGGGUCUCAUAGCUCAUGGGAAAACAACACAGUCUUUUUUUGAAGACUACAUACAGGAUGCAAUGGAGCUUGUAGCUAGAGCUGUUGCUUCCGCUACAAUGAUCCAACCAGAACUGGCGCUUAUUCCAAGUACAAUCAAUUGCUUGAACACUGAGAGAAAAAAUCUCACUUCGGGCCAGUAUUUAUCAAAGUUUUUAGCCAAUACCACUUUUCACGGGCUCAGUGGCCACAUUAAAGUGAAAGGCUCCUCCAUCAUCAGUUCGGAAAACAACUUCUUCAUUUGGAAUCUGCAGCACGAUCCGGUAGGGAACCCGAUGUGGACUCGUUUGGGGAGCUGGCAAGAAGGAAAGAUCAUAAUGGAUUACGGGAUCUGGCCAGAGCAGGCCCAGAGGCACAAGAAUCACAACCAGCAUCCCACCCGGCUACACCUGAGGGUGGUGACCCUCAUUGAGCAUCCCUUCGUGUUCACAAGGGCUGUGGAUGAUGAAGGACUAUGCCCAGCUGGACAGCUCUGCUUGGACCCCUUGACCAAUGAUUCAGCGGUGCUGGAUGCCCUCUUCGAAAGCCUCCAAGGGGGCAAUGACACAGUGCCCACAGAGCUGAAGAAAUGCUGCUAUGGCUACACUAUAGAUUUGCUGGAAAAAUUAGCGGAGGAUAUGAACUUCGAUUUCGACCUGUACAUUGUCGGCGACGGGAAAUAUGGGGCUCUGAAGAACGGUCAGUGGACAGGGCUUGUAGGCGACCUCCUGGCUGGGACAGCCCACAUGGCUGUGACAUCAUUCAGCAUCAACACAGCCCGUAGCCAAGUGAUUGAUUUCACCAGCCCAUUCUUUUCCACCAGCUUGGGCAUCCUGGUGAGAACCAAAGACACUGCGGCUCCUAUUGGAGCUUUUAUGUGGCCGCUCCACUGGACCAUGUGGUUGGGGAUUUUUGUGGCGCUGCACAUCACUGCAAUCUUCCUCACCCUGUAUGAAUGGAAAAGCCCCUUUGGGAUGACCCCCAAGGGAAGAAACAGGGAUAAAGUUUUCUCCUUCUCCUCUGCCUUGAACGUCUGUUACGCCAUCUUGUUUGGUAGAACAGCUGCCAUCAAACCCCCCAAGUGCUGGACUGGAAGGUUUCUCAUGAACCUCUGGGCCAUUUUUUGUUUAUUUUGUCUGUCGACGUACACAGCUAAUCUGGCUGCUGUCAUGGUGGGAGAGAAAAUCUACGAAGAACUGUCUGGAAUACACGAUCCAAAACUGCACCACCCUUCACAAGGGUUUCGCUUUGGAACUGUGCGAGAAAGCAGCGCGGAAGAUUAUUUCAAGCAAAGCUUUCCAGACAUGCACGAGUACAUGAAAAGAUUCAAUGUGCCUGCAACUCCCGAUGGAGUGGAAUACCUGAAGCAUGAUCCAGAGAAACUAGAUGCCUUCAUCAUGGACAAAGCGCUCCUGGAUUAUGAAGUGUCAAUAGAUGCCGACUGCAAACUUUUAACAGUGGGGAAACCAUUUGCUAUUGAAGGGUAUGGUAUUGGCCUUCCUCCAAACUCUCCACUAACCUCAAAUAUUUCUGAACUGAUAAGCCAGUAUAAGUCCCACGGCUUCAUGGAUGUCUUGCAUGACAAGUGGUACAAGGUUGUACCGUGUGGGAAAAGAAGCUUUGCUGUGACUGAGACACUUCAGAUGGGCAUCAAGCACUUUUCUGGACUCUUUGUGAUGCUAUGCAUUGGGUUUGGCUUGUCAAUUCUCACUACUAUUGGAGAGCACAUCGUAUACAGGCUGGUGAUCCCACGAAUCAAAAAGAAAUCCAAGCUGAGAUACUGGCUCCAUACAAGUCAGAGAUUGCACCGUGCUCUAAAUAGUUCAUUUAUUGAAGACAAACACCAGCCUAAAGCAAAGCGAGUUGAAAAGAGGUCCAACGCAGGGAACAGCCAGCAUUCAGUCUGGAACACAGCCAGCCCAGGCAACUGCCUUCGGAAGAAAUACAUCUGCAGUGAAGAGAGCCAGAACGAAGUGGUGCUUAAGCAGCAACAGUCGCCGCCGCAGCAGCAGCAGCAGCAGCAGCAAGACAUCCCUCUCCCCCUCCUGACGAGAGACUCCCCAGCAUCGCUGACCACAAACGGGAAAGCGGACUCCCUCAACGUGGCCAGGACCUCUGUGAUCCAAGAGCUCUCCGAGCUGGAGAAGCAGAUUCAGGUUAUCAAGCAGGAACUGCAGUUGGCCAUGAGCAGGAAACUGGAGCUGGAAGAGUUUCAGAGGACAAACAGGACUGCGGAGCCCUAAGUGGCUGGGCUCCGGCCCUCACAAGCCCUCUCUUCCCUGUAACUAUUCAUAAUGCACUUUUCUUUCUCUCUCCCUUUUUUUUGUAAUGCCAGAAAGCGGCACCGGAAUCAACAAGCAAUACGGCUGCUUCCUGCAAAACCAGCAUUUUUUUGCAGAAGGCACCAGCACCCUUGGUUCCCUCUUCCGGGAACGUUUCAAAGAGGCAACAGCUCCGUGGGAAAACUUCGCCCUCCAUCUGAAGAAGGGUUGACCCUCAGGCUGCAGGAAACACUUCCAAGCCUCUGGGGGAUUCUUCCAAGCAUCCAGAACACACAGCUCCCUGGUUUUCUUCUUGCCACGCUCUCAAAUGGAAUCCCCACUUUUUAGCCCUUUCUGUGCUUUUUAUUUUAUUUUUUGAAAGACUUAAAAUGAUGAUUCAGAUUUGUGCGUCCUGGUGGUGCUUUGCUUGGAGUUUGCUAGUGGAAUUUGUUACGGUCUGCCUGGGGGUGGGGGUGGGUGGGGGGAAAUACACCUUUGCGUGCUGAGGAACCCCAAGGCGUUGUUAGCGUGAAACCUUUCUGUUAAUUUCAUUAGCCAAUCUCAACAACACUGCUAUCGAUAUCCCCCUAUGCUGGGCUGCUGAACCAAACCACUGUAGAGUUGGAAGGGACCCAAGAAAUCAUCUAGUUCAGCCCUCUGCAAGCCAGGAGUUUGCAGUUGCCCCAUAUGGGAAUCAAACCUGUAGCCUUGGUGUUAUCAGCACCAAGCCUUAACCAACAUGCAGGCAGGGUUCUCGUUUUUUCCCUGUGGGGGAGCACUCAAAAUGUGGCUUCCCACUCUUCCCUUUUUCAACGGUACAGUCCAGAACUCAACUGCCACAUCCUAGCUCUGGUGUGUGGAUCAGCUCUCAGCGAUCAAAUACAAUCAGACAUCUCCUUGCUAACUUCUGCCCUGUUCCCUUCUCAAAAAUCAGUUGUCAGGGCAGGGCCCAGCCACCCUCAGGUUCUUUCAGAGAAUCAGCAGGCUUUGUACUCCGGUUUUCCACACAAAAAAAGAAUAUUUUAAAAUUAUUAUUUUUUGAAAAAAGCUACAGAUAAAAUUAUCUAUUGUAUGGUUUUUCUUGAAGUGUUUCUAGUUUUCCAGAGUGCUUUUAUCUAUUUUGCCUAAGAUUCCCAGUCAUGAUUUCGGGACCUGUUGUUUUAAGGCUGUUGAUGGGGAACCUCUGGCUUAUUGGGUUGGUCUAAAAGCCGGCGCCAUGGCUUUAAAUGUUUUUGAAGCACGACGUGGUAUCCUUCCGUGAAAUGUGUUGUGUAAGUUGCCGGUGGUGGCUUGCUCUCCAGUUGUCGAUGUUUGUUCUUUAUGCGGGUGCUAUGCAAGCAGUGGGUGCGAAAAAAUGUCCAACGGCAUACAACCAAACAGGCAAAUCAUCCCACCUACACUUCCCCACAACCCAUGCAUACAUAAGGAGCAGUGACGUUCAGUCGCUGGACUAAGGGGACUAGAUUAGUUCCCUAAACGUUCCCAGUAAAUUAGAGUAUUAAAGCAUUAAAGCCUGGCGCCUCUUUCCCCAAAACCGGGAAGCUUCUGCCUGGCUUAGGGAAAGAGACGCGAUGCUUUGAAGGAUUCAAGAACCAUUUUUUACCCUCUUCCCAACGUCCAACUGGCUUUGGGAAGGAGGCAGCAGGGCUCCAGUAUCCCAUCAGGCCUGACGACUCUUUCCCAAAGCCCAGGAAGCUUCUGUCUGGCUUAGGGAGGGAGGUACAAUGCUCACACACACAACAUCCCCAUCGCCCUUGCGAGCUGCUCCCCUACGAAAAAUUUCACUCUACACCACUGAUAAGGGACAAAGACUCUUUUACCAGUGUGGGCCAUUUAGCAUGUUGCUUUGAGACAUACUAUAUCCCUGUUUCCAUAGGUAAGGGGUGGAGACUCUCUAGCCAGAGGGACAUAUUCCUUCGCAAGGGGUGUGUUCCAGGGGUGGGUGGGGCAAGAGACAAAAGUGGGUGGAGCUAUCGGGGUAACUGUGACCUUUAUACGGGGGGGGGGGGGAGAGAGAGAAUCAGAGGCCUCCCCACAUCUCUUCAUAAAGACAAGCAAGAGGAAUUACCACACUUCAAAGAGUUAGACGCAUUCCAAGGGCUCUACAGUUCUUAUGGAUUCAUUUGGCCCUAAAUAAGUAAAUAAAUAAAUAAUAUACUUAUACCCAUCUGAUUGGGUUGCCCCAGCCACUCUGUGUGGUUUCAAACAGAAUAUAAAAGACACAGCAAAACACCAAACACUAAAAACUUGCCAAUACAGGGUUCCCUUUCAGCUGUCUUCUAAAAGUCGCAUAGUUGUUUAUCUGGUUGACACCUGACGGAAGGGCAUUCCAAAGCCAGGCGCCACUACAAAGAAGGCCCUGUAACUUUACUUCUCACAGCGAGGGAACUGUUGGAAGGCCCUCAGAGCUAGACCUCAGUGUCUGGGCUGAACAAUGGGGAUGGAGACAUUCCUUCAGCUAGGCCUGAGGCUCCCUGCUAUACGUGCUCUCAUGCUACUUUGGGUACCAGGCAUUUCUUCCCCCACAGAGUUAGGGCAGUUGCCUGCUUAUGUGCCAAACUGGCCACAUAUGCCUUGCUUGGGAGCCAGUGGAACUGAGAACUCUACUCUUACCAUAGAUCCAGGGUGCUCAUUACAUGGAAAGGCAGGCGAACAGUGAGCGAGGAGGCAGGAAUCGUGCCAAAGUAGCCUGCUCACCACGAUUUGGCAGCAGGUUCACUUUUCAAGUUUUUCUGCCUAAUGCAGGGCAAUAAGGGGGGGAAAUAGGGCUACACAUAUGCCACAUGGACUUCCCUAUGCAUCUAAUAUCCAUGUGUGGAACUUAAAGGAAUGCAGCCACUGAAUCUUGGCUCACUGCUUUCUCUGAAUCCCAAGGCUUGAGAACCCAAUGGAUGUAUACUGGCCAAUGCCUAGAAGAAUAGCUUAUUGAUAUGGCACCUGCCUUGCAUAUAGUCUCAAUCCCUGGUAGGGUUGGGAAACUCCCAAAUAACCACUGCCUGUCUGACCUAGAUAGAGCAAUGGUCUGAUUCAGUAUAAGGUAGCUUCCAAUAUUACUAGAUAGCAUCUCCCACUAAGGGCCACCAGGCAAUUUUACCCUACCAGAAAACCCCUUCUCUUUCCCUCCUCUUCUGGUACAUAUGACACUUUCUUUUCUUUUGUUCUUUCAAUUACCCAACAGAAAGCCAGCACUACUAGACAUUCAGCAGCUUUGGUGCGAAUUAAUGAAGUCCACCCCCAACUUCUACAAAUCAGCUCUGGCUAUCGUCUCCCUUUUCUGGUUGAAAACUCCGGUUGCUGGGUUGGUGGGGGUCAGGGAGGUGCUGGUCAUGGUUGUAUGUUUUUGGUUUUGAAAUAAAUUUUAAUAGUAUUUU